CACAUUAAUAAUGCAGCAUGUUUAGAGCAGGUACUUGAACCGAAGUCUGUACUACAAACCUUUGCAGUAGUUUCAACUGAAGCAACAAGGUUAGUCUUUCCACUCAUCAGCCAAAAUGGCAACCAAUUUCAACAAAGAGCAGUAUUGUGAAGGUAGAGACUGUCGAAAUAUCACUGAUGUAACAUACUACGUUAAGGAGAAGAAGAACCUCUGUGACGACUGUGCCUCUAAAGAAGGUUGUAUUGACGAAUCCAGAAAGGGCGGGUCAUAUCUGCAUUGCGAGAAACAUGCAGAUAAACCACUAGAUAUGUAUUGUAAAACACACGGUCAAGCCUUGUGUGUUGUAUGUGUGAUGGUAGACCAUCGGCAGUCAUGUGUCAUUGAAAGCAUAGAGGUAGCAAUCACCGAGGUUAAAGCGAGGCUUACAGAGCUUAGAGGAGGGGCAAAGGACAGACUGAAUACUAUUCGAGCAAAUGUGGACGAGAUUGACCAGUGCAGGACAGACACAGACGCCCAUCUACAACAUGUGGAACAUGAAGUUGAUUCGACAAUCAGCGAAGCGAUCGAGAGAGACAAAGACAGAGAGAAUGAAGAGGCUGCAAAAGUCAAUCAGGAAACUGAUAAGAGAAAUGAGAAACUUCAAGAGGAUAUUCUGAAGAUCAAUGCCGAGAUUCAAAAGAACAAUGAAGAGAGAAAUGAACAACUUGAAAUAAUUCAUGCAUAUGCGCAGAUAAGACAAGGGCACAUGGAGACCAAAAAGACUGGAUUUCACGGGGACAUUAAGAACAUCAUCAAAGAGAGGGAUCGGAAGAUUGGAGAGCUGGAAAAAUCAUUGCGGGAUGAAACAACGAAGAUAAAGGAUGCGAUACUGGCCCUGGACAAGGUACUAGAAGACGACAGAUGUGUCGUCAAAGACGGUCAUCGUGUAGACGCGUCAGUGACCAAUGAACUUCAGAAGACUCUAAACGUGGAUGGGGUCAAAGAAAUCACAAGUAGCAUAUCAGGGGUGAAGUUUAUGAAGGGUGCAAAGAUGAAACACUAUGAUGGAAGGAUAGGUGGCUAUGAUGGCACGUGGAAGAUGAGGCAAACAAUCAAGGUCAAAGAUGAAAUCAAACUUCCGGUUGUUGUAGGAUGCGUAGAUGAACGCAAUGUUAUCAUAACAGAUGACGCAUCCGGAAGUCUCCAUAGGCCUACAUAUUCGCUAGAUAUAUACACCAAAGAAAUCAAGAAGGUGGUGACUGGUGCAGACAGUUCACGAAUCUACUCUUUUUCGUUGCUCGAUGAUGACAGGGUGGUUUGCGGUAAAUAUCGGGAGGGUCAUAAAGGGGAUAGUUUGACUGGAUGCAUCAGUGUAUAUGAUAGACGAUGGGCCCAUAUCAAAGACGUCACCAUACCAUGUAAGAGAACUCGUGAUAACGCACAAGUGGAUGUAGCUGUUGACCAGGAUGGGAUGAUCAUCGCAUCUGAGAGGGGCCAGGCUAAGAUAUACGUCAUUAGCCCAGCAAAUGGCAAGGUCUUGAAGACUGUAAAAUGUAGAAAGGAUGCAGUGAUGCUUGGUGUCUUUUCUUUAUCGGGCCGCAUCGUCUCUCGUCCUUAUCAUCUAGAUAAUCGAGUCUUCAUCACUGACAGACAUGGUGCUCAUAGAGACAUUCCCCACCAUGCGCACAGUCACGUCAUUGUAGAAGCUUGCAUAGAUCCUCUAACUGACGUCCUCUACGUUGUAACACCAGAUAGUCCAGAUUGCAAGGCAUGCGUGAUUGAUAAAGUGACAAGUGUGGAUGAUAUGACCAAAAGGAUGAUGUCAUUUCCUCUAUCAACUAGACUGGCGAAUAGAUGGGAUCACGUGAUAGCUUCCCGCGUAAUAAUGACGUCAUCCGGGAAGAUAAUUGCCAGCGAUGGUGAAAACAUCAUCGUAUUUGAAAGCAGAUUCACCCUCUAAAAGCAAUGACAUUUUAAAAUCAUGUGAACAUAUUUGCUAGCAUAAGUCCAUUUACUCAAACAAGAGUGCCAAAUCCGCUCCUUUACACUUUAUAGAGAAUUGAAAAAUUGAUGCUUACAAGUUCAUUGUUUACCUUUCUUGUGUUAGUGUUGAGCUGAUAUUUACAUCAGCACAGCACCAUGGAGGAUGGGGCUUGUCAGUGUAGUUGGGACAUCUCACAAGAUGUUCAGUCAUCAAUAAGUAAUGUCAUGACAACAUUUCGUUUUAAAUUGAAAUGACUUCUUGAUGUGGCUAGGAAAGAUAAAUUGACUUAUGCUUCUAUUAUUUAAUAC